AUGGAUCAACAAUUCAUCUCUCAACUAGAGCAGGCUUUGGCUGCUGUUACUCAACCAAACUCUGCUGGUUUGAAAGAGGCCACCAAGACAUUGCAAAAGCAAUUCUAUACACAGCCAAAUAGUGUUGCCGCUUUGGUACACAUUCUACAUCACAGCAACGAUGAUGCUUUGAAACAACUAGCUGGUGUUGAGGUUAGAAAACUGAUUCCAAAGCACUGGGCUUCUAUUGAUGUGGCUACCAAGAAUGGUAUCAAGGAAACCGUGUUGCAAUAUGCUUUCAGUGAACAAAAGGAAAUUAUUCGUCAUUCCAAUGCUCGUGUUAUUGCCGUUAUCGGUAGUGAAGAGAUGAGUGACAACCAAUGGCCUGAGUUGAUUCCAAACUUGGUGCAAGCUGCUGCCGGCGAGGACUCAAAGACUAGAGAAACUGCAGUUUUCAUUUUGUUGUCCUUGUUGGAAGAUUUUGACUCCAGUUUAGUCAGUUACAUAGAUGACUUCUUGACCCUAUUCUCUCAAACCAUCAAUGAUACUACCUCUUUGGAAACAAGAUCUCUAUCUGCACAAGCUUUGAAUCAUGUCUCUGCUUUGAUCGAAGAACAAGAAGAAAUCAACCCACAACAAGCUGCCAGAUUUGCCGCUAUGAUUCCAUCUGUGGUCUCUGUUUUGGAAGCUGUUAUCAAAGCCGAUGAUGUUCCAAACACUAAGCAAAUCUUCAACUGUUUGAACGAUUUCCUGCUAUUGGACUCGCAACUUACUGGUAACGCCAUCGUUGAUCUAAUCAAGUUGGCUUUGCAAGUUGCCAUCAACACAGAAAUCGAUGAAGAUGUUAGAGUUUAUGCUACCCAAUUCAUCAUCUCAGCUUUGUCUUGUAGAAAGUCCAAGAUUAUUCAAGCUAAGCUAGGCCCUGAGAUUACUUUGACUGCUUUGAAGAUUGCUGCUGAAGAAAUUGAUGUUCAAGAUGAAUUAAACAACGAGGAUGAAGCUGGUGAAAAUGAAGAGAACACCCCAUCAAUGGUUGCUAUCAGACUAUUGGCUUUUGCUUCCACUGAAUUACCUCCAUCUCAAGUUGCAGCUGUCAUCAUAGAGCACUUGCCAACUAUGUUAAACUCUCAAAACGUUUUCGAGAGAAGAGCUAUCUUGUUGGCUAUCUCCGUCGUUGUUACUGGUUCUCCAGACUACAUCUUGUCUCAAUUUGACAAGGUUAUCCCAGCUACUAUUAGUGGUUUGAAAGACAAUGAACAAGUCGUCAAGUUGGCUGCAUUGAAGUGUGUUCACAACUUGACCACUGAUUUGCAAGACGAAGUUGCCAAGUUCCAUGAGGACUACUUACCAUUAAUUAUUGACAUAAUCGACAAUGCUGGUACUGUUGUUAUCUACAACUACGCAACUGUUGCCCUAGAUGGUAUCUUAGAAUUCAUUGCUUAUGAAGCUAUUGCCAAGUACUUGGAACCAUUAAUGAACAAGUUAUUCCACAUGCUGUCCACAAGCAACUCUUCCAAGCUAAAGUGUGCCGUCGUAUCCGCAAUUGGUUCUGCAGCUUUUGCUGCCGGUUUGGCCUUCGUUCCAUACUUCAAGACCAGCGUCCAAUACUUGGAACAAUUCAUCCAAAACUGUUCCCAAAUUGAAGGUAUGAGCGAAGAUGAUAUCGAACUAAGAGCUAACACCUUCGAGAACAUUUCCACUAUGGCUAGAGCUGUUAGAUCUGAAAACUUCGCUCCAUUUGCUGAACCAUUGGUCAACUCCGCUUACGAAGCUAUCAAGACUGACUCUGCUAGAUUAAGAGAAUCUGGUUACGCUUUCAUUGCUAACUUGGCUAAGGUUUAUGGUGAAAACUUUUCCCCAUUCUUGGAAACUAUUCUACCAGAAAUCUUUAAGACUUUAGAGUUGGACGAAUACCAAUUCAACUUCGAUGGUGACGCCGACGAAUUGGCUGCUCUAGCUGAUGGUGCCACCGAAGAAGAGCUACAAAGCAAGUUUACAGUCAACACCGGUAUCUCUUACGAAAAGGAAGUUGCUGCCGCUGCUCUUUCUGAGCUAGCUUUGGGUACUAAGGAGCAUUUCUUGCCAUAUGUCGAACAGUCCUUGAAGGUUUUGAACCAACAAGUUGACGAGUCCUAUGGUCUAAGAGAAUCAGCCUUGAACACCAUUUGGAACAUUAUCAAGGCUGUUCUACUAGCCUCCAAGGUCCAACAAGACGAAUAUCCAAAGGGUUUCCCAGCUGCCUCAUAUGUUGACCCAAGUGUUCUAGCUGUCAUCCAAACCGCCAGAGAGACCACAUUGAGCUACUUAGAGAACGAGUUUGAGACCUCUAUGGUUAUCACUAUCCUAGAAGAUUUUGCCAACAUGAUCAAGUUGUUUGGCCCUAUCAUUAUUAUGGACAACGGUAACUCUUCCCACUUAGAAAACUUGUGCUUGCAAGUUUCUAGUGUUCUAGAGAACAAACACACAUGUCAAGUUGCGGACCUCGAAGAAGACAUUCCAAGAGAUGAAGAUCUAGACGCUUCUGAAACCGAGGCUACCUUAUUAGACGUUGCCCUUGAAGUUCUAGUAUCUCUAGCUGUGGCUCUUGGUCCAGACUUUGCCAAGGUCUUUGAACCUUUCAAGACCACUUUGUUGACUCUAUGUCAAUCCAAGUCCAAGAACAAGAGAUCUUCUGCUGUCGGUGCUGCUUCUGAGAUCGCGCUAGGUAUGAAGGAGCAAAAUCCAUACAUCCAUGAGAUGCUAGAGGCUCUUGUGAUCAGACUGACCUCCGACAAGUCCCUAGAAGUCAGAGGUAACGCCGCCUACGGUGUUGGUCUACUGUGCGAGUACGCUCCAUUUGACGUCUCUCAGGUCUACGAGCAUGUCUUGAAGGCUCUAUACCAACUACUGAGUGUCGCUGACGAGAAGGCUGCUGACGACGACGAGGCCACCAGGGAGAUCAUCGACCGUGCCUUCGCCAACGCCAGUGGUUGUGUCGCCAGAAUGGCUUUGAAGCACCAGAACCUGAUCCCUCUGGAGCAAACUUUGCCAGCAUUGCUGUCCCACUUGCCAUUGAAGACUGGUUUCGAAGAGUACGACCCGAUCUUCAAGCUCAUCAUGCAGCUGUACGAGUCCAACAACGAGGUCAUCUCUGGCUUGACACCAAACGUCGUCGAGCUGUUCGGCCACGUCUUCACCAUGGAGAACGAGAGGUUGAAGCUAGAGCGCGAGUCUACACUGGGCAGAGAGGAGAACAUGGAGAGACUAAGGCAAUUCCAGUCCGAGGACGUGCGCGUCAAGGUAGUCGAGCUGCUGAAAUACCUGAACAGCAAGUACAACGGCGUCGUCGCCCAAAACCAAGUGCUAGCACCAGUGAUCGCCUGA